CGUCUGAAAAAGGAAAGGAAAAAAGAGGAAAAUUUCACUCUGCAUGGGGAAGCUGUGUGUUUUUUCUUAAUCUACUCAACCUAACUCGUUUGGCUUGCUGGACAAGGAAAAUGAAGUGUGCUAUUUACACUGCAAAAUUUCAGAAGUUAUAGAAAGAAAUCAAAAUAACCCGGGAAGGCACAAGCAUUUUCAUGUUGGGCUUCUACAGAAUGGAGCUGGCGGCCAUUGGAGGCAGCAGCAGGAGGAUGCGAUUGCUGGUUCUGUUGCUAGUUUUAAUGGCGGAAUUGGCAGAGCCAUUGCUGGCUCCUCUGGAAUUUCUGGCACUCCAAUCAAUGAAAAAAAACUUGCACGACAUGCCUGGUUCGAAUUAUCUUUCGGCAUGGGAUUUUUCAAAAGAUCCCUGCAAAUUUCCCGGAAUUCUUUGCAGCUCUUCGGAGCCCCAAAGAAUCACAACGCUCAAUUUGGGUGACCCGGCCGCCGGAGCGCCUGGACUGAGAGGCAAACUUCAUGGCGCAUUGGGUCUUCUCAGUUCGCUUGUGGAGUUUACUGUUGCUCCAGGGCAGCUUGUGGGUCCGAUUCCAGCGACCAUUGCUCAAUUGGGUGAGCUUCAGUUUCUGGGAAUCAGCAGGAAUUUUCUCAGCGGCAGCAUUCCGGCGGGUAUAAGCGCGUUGAAAAAGCUGGAGACGCUUGAUCUUAGCUAUAACCAGCUCUCGGGUUCGAUUCCUCAGGGCAUCGGUCAGCUUCCUCAGCUCACAAAUCUGAUUCUGGCCCGCAAUAAACUUACAGGGCCCCUGCCUAAUCUCAGUGGGACUUCUUCUCUCUUACGACUUGACCUAAAGCAGAAUGCCCUUUCGGGCACCCUGCCUUCUCUGCCUUCUUCUCUGAAAUAUCUUGCCCUUUCCAAUAACCAGUUGAGCGGGGGCAUACAAAAUGUAGGGCAUUUGAGCUCCUUGACAUACAUUGAUCUCAGCUUCAAUAAAUUCACAGGAAUUAUACCCAGUUCCCUGUUGGGUUUCCACAUUAAUUCUCUCCAUCUGCAGAGAAACUCCCUUUCAGGCCCUGUUCAGCCCAGUGCCGCUGUUAACAUACCCACUGUUGAUCUCAGUUACAAUGCAUUGAAUGGACCCAUUUCCCCAUUUUUUGCAUCUGUACAGACUCUGUAUCUGAACAACAAUCGUUUCAGUGGGGCAGUGCCUAGAGAUUUUGCUGAUAACCUGCUUUCUGCCCAAAUUCAGGUGCUCUAUCUGCAGCACAAUUAUCUGACCCAGAUCAGUAUAAAGCCCUCUGCAAAACUUCCUAUCAGCACUUCACUCUGCAUUCAGUAUAAUUGCAUGGUUCCUCCCAUUGUUUCCCCCUGUCCUUCCAAUGCUGGUAAGCAGCAGAAGAGACCUUCAUACCAAUGCAAAUGAUCAAAGGGAUAGAUACAUUGAUUAAUAAAUUCUUGCCUUAUUUUUGGACCUGCAUGAUCAACAUUGCAAGCACAGAGAGCAGAGCUUUCUUGGCAAUAAGUUGUUGCUUGUAUAUUGAUCACCAGAGAAGAUCUCUUCAAGGAAAGCAAUUUUAAGAUAUCUGAGUCCAAGGUUGAAGGAUUCCUGCCAGAAUGUUUUGUGGAUGUUUAUCUGGUGACGAGUUAUAGAAAAUGUUUCAUUCAUUGGGGACUCAGUUUUUGUAUGGUGAUUGUAAGCAACAUUUCUGCUUACAGGAAACAGGGCAUGUCUUCAUCUCUGCUCAGAUUGUUAAUAUAUGAUAUUUGAAAGUAUUGAAGCAAAUGUGUUGAUUCGUAUGAUAUGUGGACUGGUUCAGAGCUCUGCAAACCAGAUUAGUCCUACAUUAGAAGAAAGUAAUUGAAAAAAAGAAGCUUCCCUCUAUUUUGUGAUCUUGUAGUUCAUUUUUUCCCCAACGUUGUAAGUGAGGAAUUAACUACAUUUAGAAAGUGACAAUAUUUUGGAUUUA